GAAAAAUAGUAGUCAAAGUUGUUUUUUGAAAACCGUGUUCUUGUCCAAAACGACUAGUAUUAUCAAACCGGAGGGAAUAUGAGCACUCGUGACAGGGGACGGGGAGAAAAUGGGCAUGGCGAAGGCCAGUUUGAGCAGGUCUUGGUGGUGCCGCUAGCAUAAGUCGGUGAUCGGGUUAGAGUGUGACAGUGCGAGCGGGUGUCACAGGGAAGAAGAGGAUAAAAUGUUAUUGUAUGAUCAUGACUCAUGGUGUAAUCUGAUCGUAAAAAGUCUCUAAAAAGAAUGAAUUUGUACCAAGGAAUAGAUAACCCCUAGAUUUUAUUAUUGGCAUGCAUUUUCAUAGCGUGCGUACAAACGUACAUUUAUUUAUAUGCACCAUCAGACGUUAAUGCACUCUGAUAUUGUUAUAUGCAUUGUCAAUUAUACUUUUUUUCUUUAACCACGUGAGGGGGAAAAGUUUAGUACGAAAGUGGAAGGGAGAUAAGAGUGAAGUGCAUUAUCAGUCCGUAAUCUCCCGGUCGAGUGGUAAUCACGGUCGGUCUGUAAUUUGGUCUCCUUUCCUGGUGUGCGCUACAUGUGGACAAGGCAGGCAACGCAUGAUCGCUACCUGCACGGCUGCACCUGCACCGCACUGGAUGCAAAAUCCCGUUGCGCUCCUUUGUCGGUGGAGGCAAAACGCGAAGCUGCAGAGUUUGAGAGUUGUCAAAUGUAUUUUCCCACGCUGCAUACAGAGUGGCUGCACGCAGCUGGAACAUCUCUGGCUCUCUGCCGCGGAAGACCUUCUAUCGCUCAGUUCUCCGGCGUCAGACUCAGACUGACAAGUGACAAGCAGAGGGCAUCUCAGUACGCGCCGUGAAACGGUCAGCGCCGCGAUCGAUGGUGAGGCCUCUCGUCCGCCGCAGAUCCGAUCGGUAGCAAUAGCACAUAUCACCUGACGCAGUAAACCGGAAUCUGAUGCAGCAAGUUGCGGCAGAUUAACCCCAGCUCCCCAUACAGGCAGGAUUUCAUAUUACCUGGACUAAUGGUGCAUUUAUCGCCCGCGACUAAACAAUCGGCCGGGACGCGAGGCUGCCGCCGGUGUAAGGCGCAGUCAUCAUUACCCGUGAAGUCAAACCAGGUCGCGCCCCCCGCUCAAAACCACGUAACCGCGCGCAUCCUCACGAACGGGUCGAUCUCGCUUCACCGAGAACGCGACACUUGUUCAGAAAACUCAUCUUGACACGCUUCCCAAAUCUAGGAAGGGAAGUGAUGAAGUGAACAGAGAAGAACGUUUAUAUUACCUGAUGCAAUUUGGAGCUCUUUGGGCGUUUCAUUUGGAACUUUGGAUCACACGCUGAGGCCUCCAAUUGAACGGAAACUUUUUUACGGUCCUAGUAUGUUGUUGUACAGCUGCCAAGAAGGCAGGACUGUAACUUUCCCAAUGCACUCGUCCCCUGUAAUACAUCACCGGGCUCCCCAGGCUACUCUCGUAGACGGGAAACGCAUUAACUGUGAACGGAAUCUGAUUUAGCCGGGCUGUUUGUUUGGUCAAACUGCAAAUUAGUAAAAGGCCAAGUCGAGACCCAGAUCGCCCUAUAAAUUAGCCGGUGCCGGAGCAACGCUGAUCACACACUGCAACUUAACUAAAAUUAGCGCCAAGCAAAAGAAAGUCAAGGAGUUCAGCAAAGAUGAGGAGCCACACAGCCGUAGUCUGCUCGGCACUGCUCGUGCUUGCCGCUGCAUUGCUGCUCCCAGCGCACCAUGCGAUGGCCGAGGACGUCGUCUCGAGCAGAGACAACACGGCCAGGGCGCCGUCAUCUUCGCCGUCCGCUGCUACGGCCACGGCGCCGGCACCGUCGCCCUACACCGACACGGCCAUGGCGCCGGCCCCGUCGUCCUCCAACGACACGGCCGUAGAGCCGGUGGCCCCGCCGCCGCUGCCGUUCAUCAUCGUGGAGGGCGUGGUCUACUGCAAAACGUGCAAGUCGAGGGGCUACAGCAGCGACAUGGACGCGUCACCUCUCCCAGGCGCGACGGCGCAGCUGGUGUGCUACGGGAAGAAGGUGGUGAACGUGACGGGGACGGUGACGGACGCGAACGGCUACUUCCUGGUGAUGUUCUACGACCUGCGCAACUUCAACCCGCGCACCUGCAAGGUGUUCCUGGGCUCGUCGCCGACGUCGCUGUGCGACAAGCCCGUCUACCCGCCAAACAAGUGGAUCGGCCUCUCGCUCCUCAAGGAGACCAGGACCGUCCCGCCCGUCGGCCUGCAGGCCAUCUACUGCCCCACCAGCGUCCUCUUCUACGGCCCCGCCAACGCCGGCCAGUGCCCCUCCGGCUAACCAGCUGGCUCUAGCUACUCCGGCAGCUCAUGGCCGGCCGUUACGCCGGCGACCGGGCAUGCGGCACGCGCGCCGAGGUGCGUGACUGCGCGGGAUCGAUCGAUCGAUCAAGGAAGGAAUAAUUAAAGUAGGCAACUAGACAUACGUAUUGUCAACGUGUGUCAUGGUGUUCCACUUGCAGUAGCGACUAGGUAGCGAGACUGUGUGUGUACGUUCAGUUCUAGUUUGAGAGGUAGCGCGGCUGUGAUGUUUCGAUCGCUUGUUGUCAGUGUAGCAUUGGUGGUUUCUCCAUUGGUUCUCUGUUCAAACUUGUAUGAUUUGUCCGCUUGCAAAUUUUGCAAAUUUUUUAAGACGUUGAAAUCUA